UUAUUUAGUAUAUUGUAACCUUAUGAGGUUGUAGGGAGUUCGAUUUCAAUCGCGAUGUAAACUUCCGGAUGUCGUGUCAAAACAUCAGUCAAAACAAAUUAUUCGGUAGAAUCUUGCGUUAUGGCAGAUAACGCGAAGAAGGAAAAGAUAGCUGCUGCUAGAAAGAAACUUAAACAAUUUCAAAAGAUUAACAAAGGUAAACAACCGAAUGACCACAACACAGAUUCAGUUGGAAUAGCAAAAAACAACAACAAUGGAUCUGUAAUUGAAACCGAAAAACCUGUUACACUUGACUUCAAACAAAGCAAAGCUGAUUACAAGAUGGAAAAACAUAAAAUGGAUGCAGGUAAAAACAGUGAACAUGUGGAAGAAGAAAUAACAAAGGAUUUCAUGGCAGAUCAAAAUCACAGCCAUUCUGUUGCAGUAUUUGAGGAGUACAUCAAUAGAGCAGCUGCAUGUACACCGACAGCAUCAACAGAGAGUUUGCAGCAACUGUCACGACAGAUCAACGGCAUCUUGGCAGAGUCUCCAGUUGGCUUUGAGGUGAAGUCUGGUGGCCAUGAUGAUGUGAUGGAGCUUGAGUCACGCAACAAGGAGCUGGCAGCACUACUGGCUCAGCAUGUGCAGGCCAACGAACAGCUCACAGCUCAGAAUGAACAGAUAAGACAGCAUGCAGUGGAGCUUCAGUUCCAGGUGGAGCGAGAGCGCUCUGAUCAUCAGCAGAGGUUUUCACAGGAGCUCGGGCCCAUCAAGGAACAGCUUCAGGUCCAUAUCCAGACUAUAGGCAUCCUUGUUGCUGAGAAAACAGAGCUACAGUCACAGCUUGCUCAGGCUCUCAAAAUAAGUGACCAAAGAUUAGAGGAGGUAGAAGAUUUGACCAGUCGACUAAAGACUUCUAAAAGUCGAAUAACUGACCUGGAGAGGACCCUUGCCAAUUCCAACCUUUGUAGUCAGAAGCUUGAACAGAGCAGCAAGGAGAGUGCCAAAGAAAUUGACAAACUGAGACUUGAUGUUUUCAAACUGAAUAAAUCUCAUGAAGAACUGAAGCAGAAUAUAUCAGAGGUUCAAGAAAAGUUAAAAUCUAAGACAUCUGAGUGCUCUGGUGUGCAGGCGUCGCUGGCAGAGGUGAGCAAGCGUCUGGAGCUAGCAGAGCUCUACAGGCAGCAGCUGUCCAGUGAGACUGACUCGGGUACCCGGCUUGUUGCCACUGUCUCCCAGCUUCAGCAGGAAUGUGACUCUCUCACUGUACAGCUCAACAAGUGUUCUGAGGCAAUGCAACAGAUGACAGUAGAGAGGGACCAGCUAUCAGACCAGUACACACACUACCUGAACCAGUUCAAUGAACAGAUAGCACAGCUCACAGUACAGGUGACUUCAUUGACCCAAGAAAGGGAGCAUUUGGUGACACAGAACCAUGACAUGGAGGCUUCUAUGAUUGAGCUGCAGCGGAAACUAGAGGAGGUGAACUCUGCGACUGGAGGGGUGGAGGAGACUUCUCACUCAGAAAUACUGCAGGAGUUACAGUCCCUACAAGGAGAACACGCGGACCUGAUGGCACGACAUGAGGCACAAAUCAGGGACAAUGCACAGCUCAGCAAACUGCUGGAGGAGCGUGAGGAUGCUGUGGAGAGACUGGAGUCACGCCUGGAGGAGGUGGGGGACCUGGCUGGAGAUCGUGCUCAGCUCCUGGAGAACAUCCAGAGUGACAAGACUGCACUCAGUCGGGCACUCACACAGAACAGGGACCUCAAACAGCAGCUGGCUGAACUACAGAAUGGUUUUGUGAAAAUGAGCAAUGACAACAUGGAGCUUCUAGACCGGCUGCAGACAGAGCAGCAUGUCAGUCGUGACCUGCAGACCAGACUGAACACACAGGAGGACGAAAUGACUGCUCUCAGGAUGGAGCUGUCUAGCCAGCGCAAGGCUCUGGAGUUGGCUCGUGAGAACUCUGUGGAGGCCAACAAAGUGCGGCUAUUACAUGAGCAGAUCCAGGACCGGCUCAGACACUACGAGGCUCAGGCACAGCUUGUAGAGACACUGCAGAAGGAGCUCCACUCUUCACAGGACAUGGUGGAUGCCUUGACCACACAGAACAGUCAGCUGAGGACCAUGCUGAUCAAAGCUACCGAGACCAAGAAGUUGAACCCAGACACAGAUGUGCAGAAUGCACAGAGAGAUGAUGUAAUAACGUCCCUACAGAAGACCAUUGGUCACCUGGAGACUGAGAGGGGCCAGCUGCUGGAGAGCCUGUCAACAGAGCGUGACCUUGCAGACCGGCUGGGUGUGCGCCUGGCGGACCUACAGGAGGAAGUCAUACACAACAAUGCCUCCAAACUUGAGAAAGACCAAGUGUCCCGUCAUGAGUAUGACAAACUGAGACAGGCUAUGGAUCAGAUACAGGAGAAGUACAACCAUGUGAUGCGUGACAAGGCAGAUCUUUGUGACAAGGCAGAGGAGUUGGAGCAUAUGGUGCUGCAGUUGCAGGGAGAGACCGAGACCAUAGGUGAAUACAUCUCCCUGUAUCACCACCAGAGAGCUCUACUGCAGCAGCGUGAGAUACAGAAGAAUGAGUACAUCAAGCAGCUGGCUCACGACCGCGAGGAGUUACAGGACAAGCUGGGUGAGCUGCAGACCCUGGUGAUGCAGCUGAUGGGGGAGAAGCACAUGCUGCACAGCUACCAGCAGGAGUCAGCACGGCCCGUCUCACCAGCCAUCCACCCACCAUUCAGCAGCAGUAACACACACACAGAUUGGCCGGACUAUACCAGCUCUGAGUCUGACACGGAGAGUGAAGUAGAGACUAUAGUCGGGGGCAGGGACGGCCUGCCCGUGUCGGAGGGUCACUCUCCCAUGGAUAGUGAUAGCGUGGAGCAGCCUACGCACAAGGUCCACAAUGCCAAUGUGAACACAUACCUGCAGGGCGACCACCCACACCAUCACCAUGCAAACAAACAUACUCGUGGGCAAACACAUUCCAAAACUGAUUCUGUCACAGAAGAUGUUACUGCUCACAAGAUUCUCAAUCUUUUAACGGAGAUAGGACAUUCCAGUUUUGUGGACAACAUGAGUUUUCUUGAAAACCAGUUUCAUCCUUGCAAAUAUUGUAAAGGACGUCUACAGAUUUUGUAGUUAAUAUUUACUUAAAAGAUGUUUAGCAAUUAGAAUAUUUAUUCAUCAUGAAUAGGUUUAAAACUAAGGUAUUUAAGUGUUGUACUCAAUUGUAUGCAUGCUUGGAAUACAAUUUUACUAAUUAUAAAACUUGAACUAUGUUUACAAAUUUUUUAAUGAAUCUUUCACAGUGAAAAGAAAACUGUAAACAGCAGUGUUAAGCAUAAUGAGGCGGAGUACAGCGCCCCCCAAAAAACAGGUAUCUUGUUUAAAAUUCAUCCAAAGCACUUCGUCUGGAACAAAACUUAGGAAUUUGAAAUGACUAGGCAGAAUUAACAAGCAGACCUAGCUUUGGAUUGCAUUUGGGAUCUGUUGGAUGAGAUAGUCACUGUUCAUUAACAAACACAAACGUUUCUGCCAUUAAAUUUGUAUGGAGGUUUUCUACUUAAAUAUUGUUUGUAGGUUGCUAACAUGCAGACUAAGCUUGGGAUUUCACAAUAAUAUAUAUUAAAUUAACAACUUAAAUGUUGUAAACAUGUU